AUGUCCGUCACGCUGCACACCAGCGACGGCGACAUCAAGAUUGAAGUGUUUUGCGAGAGCGUCCCCAAGACCGCAGAGAACUUCCUCGCGCUCUGCGCAUCCGGCUACUACGACGGGUCGCCCUUCCACCGCCUCAUCCCCAAGUUCAUCCUGCAGACGGGGGCGCCGGCGCGGCCCUCGCCGCCCGACAACCCCAAGGGCGGGCGGUCCAUCUGGGGCGCGGCGUUCGAGGACGAGAUCCGGCCGUCGCUGCGGCACGCGCACCGCGGCACGGUGAGCAUGGCCAACCGGGGCCCCGGCACCAACGGGUCGCAGUUCUUCGUGACGCUCGGCGCCGCCCCGCACCUCGACGGCCUCAACACCGUCUUCGGGAGGGUCGUCGGCGACGAGGGCCUCGCGACGCUCGCGCGCCUCGAGGCCCGCGACGUGGACGCCAAGGCGAGGCCGCUCGCUGGCCGGGCCGUCAGUAUCGACCGCGUCACGGUCCACGCGAACCCGCUUGCUGGGUAG